AUUAAGGCUUGUUUGGCAUAUAAUCUAUCGUCAAUAUUAAUACGUUGUUACUAUAACUGCUAUAUGUUUGUUCAUGCAUCAAGACAGACACAGGCGAGAUUGCUUUGCUUUAUGGUUGUGGCCUGUGAGGAUGCAAUUUUGUUAAAAUGAAAAGUGAGUGAGUGGGCCGGGCCGGGCCGGGCCCUCUUGACUGGCACCAACCGCCAUUCGUUCAUCCUCCAAAAGCGGACCUUCCCCAUCUCCUCCUCCUUCGAUUCAUACAUCCGUCCAACCUUUCUUCCUUCCCAUAAAUUCAUUGAUUAUUUCUUCCCUUGGAUCAAAGGUACCAAUUGUUGUUUUCUUCUCUAUUCAAGAUUCACUGGAUCCACAUAAAUCUCCUCUUCGCAUCCAUUCUACUAGCAUGCGCCCUGGCCUCGCCUGGUCAUCUCCACCCACACAAUACAUUGGCAAUGUCGCUGCCGCCACCACCGCCGGUAAGAUCUGCUGCCCACCUCCCCAUACGCUUGCUUUUCUUUCCCCGCAAUGUAUAUAAUACUCAUAAUAAUAAUAAUUGUGUAAAUAAGCGGCGCUAACUGUAUCGUUUGUCUUGUAACAAUUGCUCCAUUACAUUUUACAAACUGCGUGCCCUUCCCCACCUUAAUUCUUCAUGUAAGCCUGCCUUCACGAGAUCUUGCUGGCUGGCUGGUGGUAAAGGCAAUUCAUGGUCGUUAUGUAGUAUUCAUUUCAAGUUUUUUGUGCGAUGUGUGAUGUGGUGCAGAACUGCUUCGAUUGGUAGGCACGGUUCGUUUGGUAAAUAGAAAUGCGUAUGUAUGUAUGUAUGUAUGUAUGUGUGUAUGUAUGCAUGCCUGCCUGCAGGCAUUUCUAUGAUUGUCUCUCAAAUUCAUCAUCGUGCAAGUCUUGUCUUAUUCCGGUGGCGGUGGUGCUGGUGGCAGAUGAGAACUGUGAGAGUGUGCAAUGUGUCACUAAGUGCAACUCCACAGGACAUUCAGGAGUUCUUUUCCUUCUCUGGGAUCAUUGAGCAUAUCGAAAUGAAGAGUGUGAAUCACCGCUCUCAAACGGCUUUUGUGACUUUCAAGGAUUACAAGGGUGCAGAGACCGCAGUCCUCCUUUCGGGAGCUACAGUAGUGGACCAGUCGGUAGAGAUUGCCCUGGAACCAGACUAUGUGCUGCCGUCUAUAGCAAUGGCAUCUCCAGCAUCAUCAGUGGACCGCGCCACCCACGAGAGGAGCGCGGAUGUUGGUGCAGCAGCAUCAACAGUCCAAAAGGCAGAGGAUGUUGUGAGCAGUAUGCUGGCGAACGGCUACAUUCUGGGUAAGGAUGCAGUAGACAGAGCCAAGGCUUUUGACGAGAAGCACCAGGUGACUGCCAAAGUGGCUGAGCUCGACCAAAGGAUCGGGCUGAGUGAGAAAGUGAGCAUCGGGGCCACCAUUGUGAAUGACAAAGUGAGGGACGUGGACCACAAGUAUCAGGUGUCCGAGAAGACCAAGUCAGCCCUCACAGGUGCCGGAUCCGCAGUGAUGAAGAACCGUUAUGUGUUGACAGGGGCCACCUGGGUUGCCGGCGCUUUCAGUAGGGUCAGCAAAGCAGCUGGUGAAGUAGGCCAGAAAACAAUGGACAAGGUGUCUGAAGAGCAACAACUACGCAGAACUACAACUACAACUACAACUAGAGCUACUAAUAAUACUACUACUACUGAGAAUAGCACCACCACCAAUAACAACAAUGCACAAGAAGCAGCAACUCCUGCCAAUGCUGAACGGCCUUGAUUCUCCUGCCAUUAACUAAUACUCCUGACCACCACCGCUGCUGCUGCUGCUGUCUAUUUUACACCACUCCCUCCUCUCCUCUCCUCUGAAAUACUAAAAACUCGGCAUUACUUACGAUUUAAGUUAUGGCGAGAUGGAUCUGAUCUUUCCUGAACAAACUGGAACUAACUGAUGACAGCCGGCCAUUCAAUAAACCAACCGCAAAAAAAAAAAAAAA